AUUGAAUUCUUUCAAUUUUUUGUUUUUGAAUAUAAAAAUCAAGUCAAAAAAAAACUCAUCGAUUGUAGAUUUCGAUAAAAAAUGAGCAAUCAAAAGAAAAGCGAUGAUAAAUCUGAAAUUUGUCGUAAAACCGUAACACCAAUGUUUAGUGAAAUACCAUCAACAACUGGAUUAGAAUUGUUGGAUUCGAAAAUUGAAGAUGAAGAGAUAUCGGUAACAGUGAAAAAAUUGUUGAAAAAAUCCAACUAUACAAUUGUAAAAUUUAUCGAUAAAGGAAGUACAUCAAAAGUCUAUAAAAUUGUACGUAGUGAUCAAUAUUAUGCAGCUAAAAUUGUUGAUCAUCGCCAUCUUUCUGAAUUGAUACGUAAACAAUUUUUACCAAAUGAAUUGAAAAUUGUCACGUCAAUUAAACAUCCGAAUAUAAUAAAAACUGAAGAAGUUCUUACGAAUGAUGAAUGUUCAAUCAUAAUUACUGAAUUCGCUCCCGAUGGUGAUCUGAUGACUUAUAUUGAACGACAAUCAACAAGUCCUGACAUUGAACGUGCCAAAUAUUGGGCUAUACAGAUUACACAAGGGCUUGUUUAUCUUCAUUCGAAAGGCAUAGCUCAUCUUGAUAUUAAAGCAGAUAACGUGCUUCUUAUUCAAGGUGUUGCUAAAAUUAGUGAUUUUACAUAUGCUCAAUUUAGUAAAGAUCCAAUCACCAAUAACGUUAUUCCAUGUACAACAUUUUGUGGUACACUUGAAUAUAAAGCACCAGAAACAUUACAUCGUGCUAUACCAUUCAAUCCAUUCAUAGCAGAUUGUUUUAGUUUAGGUGUAUUGAUCUAUACAUUAGUUACGAUGGAAUUCCCAUUCGGGAGUGGAUCCGAAUUACGAACUACAGCCGGUUUACGUCAUCUUUAUGAUAAUAUACAAAAGAAACAAUGGCAACCGAAUCAUUUGAUAAAAGCUAAUCGUAAAUUGUAUUCAUUUCUUAAACAGUUAUUGAAUCCAGAUAUUGAUGAAAGAAUAACAGCUGAACAGGCAUUGAUACAUCCAUGGUUCGAUGGCAUGAUAGCCAAAAAAUAG